ACCUUUGUAAUUCCGCCUUUACUGUUUGUUUCCGGUCGGACAUAUAAUAAUGUUACACUGUCUAUCUCGCAAACAUCCGCCGUUCCCUGCAGGAUUAUGAAAGCAUGAUUAGUGACUUCUUUCUAUCUGCGCCACUGAAUAAAAGCAGACCGAUGGACCUGGUUGGAUGGCUUAUUUAGUUCAUCGGCUUGGGCCGUCACGCGUCUUUGUCCCCGGUGUGUCCGUCUUAAGACUCCUUUGCUCGGCCAGCAUGGAAGACAUGGGUCUGACAAUGAGUCGUUCUCCACUGGAGCGGCUCGACUUUGACAACGUCGCCCUCAGGAAACUUCCUCUGGACCCGUCCGAGGAGCCGGGGGUGCGGCAGGUGAAAGGAGCGUGCUUCUCCCGGGUGAAGCCGCAGCCGCUGACCAACCCUCGGUUUGUGACCGUGUCGCACGAAGCCCUCGCGCUGCUGGGGCUCAGCGGGGACGAGGUCGUGAACGACCCGCUCGGACCAGAGUAUCUCAGCGGCUCUAAAGUCAUGCCUGGAUCCGAGCCCGCCGCACACUGCUACUGCGGCCACCAGUUCGGCCAGUUCGCCGGGCAGCUGGGCGACGGGGCGGCCUGCUACCUGGGGGAGGUUAAGGUGCCGCCCGGUCAGGAUCCCGAACUGCUCCGGGAAAACCCGAGCGGCCGGUGGGAGAUUCAGGUGAAAGGAGCAGGACUGACUCCUUAUUCCAGACAAGCUGAUGGCCGUAAGGUCCUGCGCUCCAGUAUAAGAGAGUUCCUGUGCAGUGAGGCGAUGUUCUUCCUGGGCGUGCCCACCACUAGAGCAGGCUCCGUUGUGACCUCUGACAGCAGGGUCAUACGGGACGUAUACUACAGCGGACACCCUCGCCACGAGAGAUGCUCUGUGGUCCUCCGCAUCGCUCCCACCUUCCUCAGGUUCGGAUCCUUUGAAAUCUUCAAGCGGGCAGACGAGUUUACAGGCCGCCAGGGUCCCAGCUACGGACGCGAUGAGAUCCGAGGUCAGAUGAUGGAUUAUGUCAUUGAGAUGUUUUACCCGGAGAUCCAGCAGAAUUACGCAGACCGAGUGGAGAGGAACGUGGCUUUCUUCAGAGAGGUGAUGCUUCGUACGGCUCGACUCGUGGCACAGUGGCAGUGUGUAGGUUUCUGUCAUGGAGUCCUGAACACAGACAACAUGAGCAUCCUGGGCCUGACGCUGGACUAUGGUCCAUACGGCUUUAUGGACAGGUUUGAUCCAGAUUUCAUUUGCAACGCCUCGGAUAACUCCGGCCGUUACUCCUACCAGGCGCAGCCGGCUAUCUGCAGGUGGAACCUGGUCAAGCUAGCCGAGGCUCUCGCUCCAGAGCUGCCGCCAGACCGGGCUGAGGCUGUUAUGGAAGAGUACCUGGAUCUGUAUAACGGCUUCUACCUGGAGAACAUGAGGAAAAAACUGGGCUUAUUGAAGAAAGAGGAGCCUGAGGAUGAAAUCCUGAUCACUGAGCUGCUGCAGACUAUGCACAACACAGGUGCUGACUUCACAAACACCUUCCGCAGCUUGAGUCAGAUUUCCUGUUCCACUGAGGGACAAAGUGAAGCAGAAGAGGAGUUUGUUAAAAAAGCCACAGACCUCCUGCUGGAGCAGUGUGCCUCCUUAGAGGAGCUCAAGGCUGCCAACAAACCUACUAUGGAUCCACGUGAGCUGGCAAUGCUGCUCUCUAUGGCUCAGAGCAACCCAGCGCUGUUCCAGAUGAUCUCAGACAGGAUGACAAUAGCGAGGCAAUUAGACCGACUCAGCAGACUGAAAGACCUGAUGGAGACCAACCAGGAAGAGCUGAAAACCAAACAGGGAGAGGAGUGGAGCCAUUGGAUCACACGCUAUCGGAAGCGUCUGGCUCGUGAGCUGGAGGGCCAGAGUGAUGUGCAGGCUGUGCAGGAGGAGAGGGUGAGGGUGAUGGACAGCACCAACCCCCGUGUGGUACUCAGGAACUACAUUGCCCAGAAUGCAAUAGAGGCUGCUGAGAGUGGAGACUUUUCUGAGGUCCAGCGGGUCCUCAAGGUUCUGGAGAAGCCUUUUUCUUCCCAGCCGGGUCUGGAGCUUCCUGCGUGGGUGGGCGGGUGCGGUGCCACCGAACAGGGAGAGAGGGACGAAGGAGAGGAACAACAGCUAGAGACUGCGUCUACAUCUGCAGCCUCAGCCAGAGACCCUGUUCCCUAUGACAGCAAGCCCCCACCUUGGGCCCAUGAAAUCUGUGUCACAUGAUCUUCGUAAUAACUUCCCCGAUCAUUAGCUGGCCUGCCUAAAACGACAAGAGAGUUUCUUGAUCUUUAAUUCAUUUUUUUUACCUUUUAUAUCCCUCCCCUCUCUUCCAGUCACUGUACAACUCUCUGUUACUUUGGCAGGCAGCAUCAGGGAAGUUAGCAAGAGGCACGACAAACCACAGGCCACCUAGCUAAUAUGAAGCAGACAGAGAAUGAGUUGAGUUUGGAGGCACAAAUAUAUAAAUUUACAAAUAGGGUGUUGCCAUGUCUUGUAAAAAGCUUUUGACCAUGUGUGAAAAUUUCUAGGAAUUUGAUUGACAUGGGGUUGAUUGGGGCACCCUUAAAGGUGCUAAAUGUACAUUUUUGCUGUCGCUAAAUAACCAGUGUUAGCAUUAGCAGCCGUUUACUUACCAAUUUAGAAGAAACGAGUUGCGAGUUCAACAUUAAACUUCAUUUCUUUACUUGCCAAGAGCUGUCUCCAGCAGUGGAAAGCAAUGGCAAUGGUAGUACUUGUUUUACUUAUUUUAUUAUUUCUACCAUUUCUUUUCUUCUCCUGAAGGUAGGAUGCUAACCAGUUUUCCCCAGCCUGUACUGUCUUGUAAUACCAGUUUGUGACAGUGAAUCACUGUAGCAUCCGGUCUGCCCUCAAGCCAGCGUGAAAGGAAGAAGUAGCACUGCCCAGAGGGUGUGUUGUAACCUCUUAAAAACACAACAAUGACCAGAACUCUUGGUAGGUAAACAGCUGUUAAUACUAACGUUGGCUGUGAAGCGAUAAGCAAAGUAUGAGCAAAAACGUCCUGUAUAGCACCUUUAAAUCCAUGGGUGCGAUUUUUUGUGAAUACCCCUGGAUGCAAGAAGCAGUAAAAGGAAAAUAAGAUUUUUAUACAAUGUGCACAAAAAUGCAGUUUACCAAAAUACAUUUAGAGGCUUUUUUUGUAUUUCUUGUGACUUUUCAACUUUACAAAAAAAGACCCUCAACUUGCUCCCUGUCUGUUUUAUGUAAAGUUAGCUAUUAAUGAUGACUCAGGCAACAAGUCCUACAAUGACCUGUCUGACUCUGAUAAACUGUGGGAUGUCACCUAAAUACCAAAUACUAUCAUGUAUGUGUGUGUGAGAGUGUGUGUGAAAGAUGUUUUAGGCAUUUUUUUGGGUGAAAGGGACUGAUUGCACUUGAUUCAGUAAGCCGCAGAAGAUAAACACGCACAAUAUAUUCUCCUAUAAUAGAAAACAAUGCAUUUUGCCACUGUUAUAGCACCACUUUAAAGGCACAGAGCCACGAACUUAACUCACCAUUUUUAACCUAAUUUGUUAAGUAAGCAUCGAAGCUACGGUUGAUCUGGGGUUCAGUGAAAGAAAGAAAUGGGAACUGCUUGUAGUUUGGUUGUGACCAUGCAAACUUCAAAGAGGAAGUUUAUUCCAAAUUGUGUCACAAAGGUGAUGCUGUCAAGCAUGAUCGUGCAGAAAGGGGGAAGAAAAACCUCAUUCAUAACCAUUCAUAAAUCUGGUAUGAACUAUAGUACCUCCUCACAGGGCCAGCAGCACUGACUAUAACUUGCUCCCUUUGAACCAGUAUCAAUUUGUUGGUUUGGCAAAUAAAUUCUGAUUUGUUGUCAAUACUUGUCAUUAAAACUGAGCUUCCAUACUAACAAAUGACAGAAAUGGACAUGAAAUGAGAUUUUGUUGCAGAGCUUUAUUUUUGCUUAAUAAAUAUGAAAUAUAAGGUUGAGCUCUUCCUCAGUUAUAGCCUUAACCUAUCCUAAUAAACUGAGCAGUGAAUAAA